GGGAGUAAGAGUUAAGAGAGAGUUGUACUUUUAAGCAUUAAAAUGAAACUGCUGUCAGUAUUAAGGCGUAAGGCUGCAAGGCAAAGGAAUGAGAUAAUGCAGAUGCAGGAAUAAACUGAACAAGGAGGAAUGUGUUAUUUAUGAGGCUAAAGAGAAAAGGUCAUGAAAAAAAUGGCAAAGGGCGAAUGAACGCUUGGAAGAUAGGAAACGGCUACAGAAAUCAUUAGCACUAAAGGAAACAAGUCUGUGCGUGUUACAUAGUGAAGGAUAUCACUAGAGUGUCCCUGUAAGGAUGGCAGCAUCACGUGUCUGGUGGGUCUUUGCAUUUCUCUUCAUCCUUGGCAUCUUAGUAGUCCUUCUUGUGGUGUUGCUCAGACGUGAUGCCAGGUGCCAGGGAGGGUUCCAGCAUGGAGCGGUGGCUGCUGACUCUGGGGUCUGUUCAAACAUUGGCAGGGAUAUCCUGAAACAGGGAGGGUCUGCAGUAGAUGGUGCAAUUGCUGCCCUGCUGUGCUUGUCUGUGAUGAACCCUCAGAGUAUGGGACUUGGGGGAGGUGUAAUCUUCACCAUAUACAAUGCUUCAACUGGACAAGUGGAAAUCAUCAACGCACGCGAGAGGGCACCUAGCAAUGAUCCUUCUGACCUGGUAAAACAUUGUGCUGCAGGCACCUUUACAAAAUCAGGUGUGAAAUGGAUUGGGAUUCCAGGUGAGCUGAGGGGCAAUCAGGCGGCUCAUCAGCGAUAUGGGCGUUUACCAUGGAAAACUCUGUUUGAACCCACUAUCAAGCUCAUUACAGAAGGAGUGAAGAUCUCUGUCCUUCUGAGCACUUACCUUCAAUACCCUCAAGUUAAAAUACCUCUUAAAAAACAGCUCUCUGUGGUAAGUGGGAGAGGACAAACCCUCAACUUCACCCAGCUGGGACACACACUAAGAACUAUAGCAGAGAAAGGAGCAGACGUCUUCUACAAGGGGGAAAUAGCCCAGCAAAUGCUGGAGGACCUCAAUGCCCAGGGAAGUAAGCUGACCCUAGAUGAAUUUUCGAAUUACAAGGUGCAAACAGUUAAAGCUAUGAAUAUCUCUCUGGGAAAUACUGUGCUGUAUACUGCUCCUCCACCAGCAGGGGGAGCACUGCUUAGCUUCAUUCUCAAUAUUCUGGAAGGUUAUAAUUUUUCGGAGAACUCAUUGCGGGAUAAAACAGAAAGAAUUGAAACCUAUCACCGUAUUGCAGAAGCCCUAAAGUUUGCAAAUGGACAAAAGCAUCAAUUAAACAACAUUUCUAGUAGCAAAGAAAUUAAAGAGGUCACAGAAUCAUUACUCUCAAAGAGUUUUGCUGCCAAGAUACGGCAACUGAUUGAUGGAUCUGGGAAUCACUCUCUCAGCUACUAUCAGGUGAAUCUGAUGUAUCCAGAGACGUCUGGCACCACUCAUGUAUCAGUGAUCAGCAAGGAUGGGAGCUCCGUGUCAGUAACCAGCUCUAUUAACCACAUAUUGGGAUCUAUGGUUUACUCACCUCGCACAGGGAUCAUCUUUAAUAACCAGAUGGCAGAUUUCUGCACAGGUGAUCCUCAUAGAGCCAUCAAAGAAGGAGAACGCCCUCCAUCAUCCAUGACCCCAAGCAUUCUCAUAUCUAAGGACAAGAAAUUUCAGCUGGUGAUUGGUGGAUCUGGGGGAAGUUUUAUCACAAGCGCCACUGCACUGGCCAUAAUGAACAAACUGUGGUUUGGCACCAACUUGACAGAAGCGAUCUCGUUGCCUGUUCUGUACGUUAAUUCUGAAAACAAACUUGCGUUUGAAAGUUCAUUUGAUAAGGUGGUAAAGACAGGACUCCAGGAGAGGGGCCACCAGUCCUAUGACAGCCCGUACUUUUUCAAUGUGGUGCAGGGAGUGUCCCAGGAAGGAUCUUGUUUAUUUGCUCACUCAGAUCAGAGGAAGGGGGGGAUUGCUGCUGGUUACUAGCAUCUCCUCCUAUAGGCAACUUCCUAACACGAUAAUGCUGAGAAAAAUGUCAAUUGUCUCAGGAAUACCUCUUUGCCUUUAGCAGGCCGGUGAUCUGGCAACAUAAAAAAAAUGGACUCCUAA